GGGCGGGCAUAGUAGUCAUGGCGACCGGGCUUCCCUUUCCUCUCCAUACCCGGAUAUUUGUGUGCGCUGGAGAGUCCGGGAGGAGCCGCGGAGAGAGCAGAUCGGGUGUGUAGGGUUUCAGCGCUGGUGAAGAGCCGAGGCCACAGGUAGAGAUCAGUAUGGCGUCCGACCCUCUGUCAGACCUUAACGAUGACUUGGAUAAGGAUGAAACCAACCAGCUGGACCAACUGAAACUGGCGUCUUUGGAUGAUAAGAACUGGCCCUCGGAUGACGUGCAGGAUUAUCCGAAUAACGCGAAUGAUUCGAAGCCUUCCCCUGACCCUGUGACCCACCUACGCUGGGACGACCCAUACUAUGACAUUGCGUGGCGUCAGAUUGUAGAGGUAGCAGGUGAUGACAAGUACGGGCGUAAAAUUGUGGUGUUCAGCGCCUGCCGUCUGCCGCCCUGCCACGAGAUUGACCACGUCAAGCUGUUACAGUACCUGAAGCAUACGCUGGACCAGUACGUGGAAAGCGACUACACAUUGGUUUACCUGCACCAUGGCCUUACCAGUGAGAACAAGCCUUCCUUGGGGUGGCUUAGAGAUGCCUACCGGGAGUUUGACCGCAAAUACAAGAAAAACAUCAAGGCCCUUUACAUUGUUCAUCCAACGAUGUUCAUCAAGACUCUGCUGAUUCUUUUUAAGCCCAUCAUCAGCUUCAAGUUUGGCCGGAAGAUUUUUUAUGCCAAUUACCUGAGUGACCUGGAGGAGCACAUGAAGGUGGAGCAGCUGGGAAUCCCCAAACAAGUACUCAAGUAUGAUGAUCUUAUCCGCUCUAAUCUGAAGACCUCAGCAGCAACUCAGAAACCCGGCCCACCCCGACCUCCACUUCCAAACCAGCAGUUUGGCAUCUCCUUACUGCACCUGAAAGAGAAGCACCCUGAGAAUGACAAGAUACCCCUAGUUGUACGGGACACGGUGGCCUUCCUGCAGGAAAACGCUCUGAGCACUGAGGGAAUAUUCCGGAGGUCGGCCAGAACCCAGAUAGUCCGGGAGGUCCAGCAGAAGUACAACAUGGGGGUCCAGGUCACGUUCCAGCAAUACGAUGAUGUUCACCUGCCGGCCGUCAUCCUGAAAACAUUCCUGCGGGAGCUUCCCGAGCCGCUGCUGACGUAUAACCUCUACAGCUUUGUCGUUGACUUCUCCAAGCAGGAGCAGAAGAUUGAAUCUACUCUCCAAAUCCUGCAGACUCUGCCCAAGGAGAACUAUGACGUCCUUCAGUUUCUUACAGCCUUCCUUGUAGAGGUAUCUUCCCACAACGAACAGAACAAGAUGACGACCACUAACCUGGCCGUGGUGUUCGGCCCGAACCUUUUGUGGGUAAAAGAUGCCGCCAUGACUUUAAAAGCCAUUAACCCUAUCAACACCUUCACCAAGUUUCUGCUGGACAACCAGAGAGAGCUGUUUGGGGACCCCGAGCCUUGAGCUUAUUCCACUCCCGCAGCAACACUCGCCACACUGCCAGUCACCACACAGCCGCCUCUCCCAUGGUGCAGUGCGUUACUUGCCCCCCCCGUAAGCGUGCGUCUGUGCUUUCCUGCCACACGUUGGAGCGGGCAUCUCCAAUACAAGUGAUAGCACAAAGACUCUUUCAAUGCGGACACCCUGCGCGGUUAGCUUUCUAGUGCUGCUCCGAGACAGCCGGUGCCUCUGGCUGGCGAGAGGCACUUUUGUUACCUGUGCCAUGGUUGUGUAAGGGCAAGUGGUUGGGCUAGAGGUGACCUACUGUGGGGUGUGACCUUUAUUAUAUAUCUAUAUAUUUGGGCAGGAGGGGCUUUUAAUUCUGAUUUAGCCUCUUAUUUUCUGAUUCCUUCUACCCCCCCCCCUCCUCUCUAUGGUGUGCACCUCUCAUUGCUUUGGUACAGAAGGAGGAUAACUAACAGUGAGUCACAAGCAAUCUGAUUGGCUGUGUAUAAAGGUUUAUUAUCCCUUUAUGAUUAGUAUUUGGGCUGUUCAUGAUUUGGGUAAAUAGAUACCCAAGCUCCUAAGCUGCUGAACAGAUAAAGGUGGUAAAUCAGGUUACUGUAAUGAUCAGGUGUAAGCAGCAGGGGGCAGCACUAGUGUUCAGCCUACCUACCUAGGUUGUAGGUUCUGAUUGGCUGGUUGCCUCCAACAGUGUAGCAACAACCAAUAGAUGAAGAUAAUUAUGUCCCGUCACUCAUCUCUUUUCUUUUUUUUUUUUUUAAACACGUUGGAUUUUAAUGAAUGUAAAUAAGAGCAGAGGGCAGAAUGGGGGUGUAAAUAAGCUGGGCACUGGGUAUCUGACCUCUGUAACCCCCUGAGCUGUGACACCUUUUUAUUCCUGUCGUUUUGAGUGCCAGUGCCAUUCCUGCACCAUUCCCCCUUACUAUCAAUAUGCAGCGUGUAUGUCUCUGUAUACAUUCCAUGCUCUGUAAGGAAUUGUGCCCCCUUGUGUCUGAGUUCUGUACUAACACUCCUUGUUGCUUUCCAUCUGCCUGCCAUUGGUGGAAGCAGCUAAUUCUCUGCAUCAGUACUGUAUAUGGGAGAACUAUAACUCACCACCUUCUCUGUACUGUAUAAACCUUCCUGGGCUGAUGUUACACUGCACCCCUAGUAGCAAUGGCUCCCAUAAAGGAAACGCACCCAUACCACCACCCAAGAUAAACUACAGACAAAGCAAAUCUGAUGCUGAAUAAAUGCAGCCUCUGGCACCCCCCUUUAAACAACAGCUGGGGGGGGGGGGGGGGACGCUGCAAAGUGAGAGGUGUAGUUGUGUUGCACAAGAAGUGCAAGUGUGUCCGGCAUAAUAGAACUCAAUGUUAUAAAGUUACUUAUAAACUUCAGCUCUGAGGGCAAGUCCUGAAGUACAACUGCCAAGUUCCAUGGAUCUCCAUGAAGUUACAAUUUUUCAGUUGGUCUUUAUUUUUUUAAAUGAAAUGACAUAUGCCUUCCUCUUCCAGUUUCCAAAUGGGGGUCACUACCAAUAACCAUUUGCUCCCAGAGGCUGCAGUUUUAUUGCUAUUGUUACUUUUAAUUCAGGCCUUUCCUUUUCAUUAUCCAGACUCUCAUUCACACCUCUGCCUGGUUGCUAGGGUAUACUGGACCCUAGCAACCAGAUAUCAGCUAAACUGGAGAGCUGCUGUUCUAAAAGCUGAAUAAAUAAAUAAAACAAAGACCAACUGCAAAUUAUCUUAGUAUAUAUCAUGCUUUCAUGUAAAGGUGAACUAUGCCUUAAGAUGUGCUACAGGCAUUUCUUGAGUUGUUUAUAACCCAGGAUAAAGAGGUUUUUCUUUCAUUAAAUGACGGAUUUUAAAACAGAGGUUUUAGUUAUUUGUGCUUUUAUUUUUUAAGAUAAACUCUAGGGAAGGGGCAUUUAUAAACACUAGGGACACAAAGCCAUGCCCCUUAGCAUUCAUUUAAUAGGCACUUGCACCUUGUACCCCAUGUCUGGCAGUGCCCCCCUAACUUGCAUGUCAGAAUGAGGUGCAGGUUAGGGGGGACAGCCGGGCAGGGUGCAAAGUGCAAUAAAACAUGGCGGCUUGCUCCUGUUCUUGCACUUUGCACCUUGUGCGUUAACCCACGAUGGAUCCUCAAUUUGCCCCCAGUGUCACAUUGGGUUUUCUUGGGCCAACGUGGCACCCUGAGCCCACUCUCACAGGAAUUCUAUAUAUAGUGCCAAGUGCUGUAGGGUUUUUAUAUAGACCCACAGUGUAAAGCAGGAUGGGCUGAUGGGAAUAGGGCCCACUAGGACCACGGCCCAUCAGGAGAACCUCUGGUUCUGAAGUUAUUGCCUUGUUUGUAGCUUCUUCAGCCUGUGCCAAGAGUUGGUGGUCCCAGCUCAGCCAUAGAGAUGCAUUGCUCCCAUUGGUUGGGUCCCCCCCUUGGUUGGUAUUGGUUGGUACAACUUCACUGCAUGAGGAUUAAGAAUUAAAUGAAAUUGUACAGAAUUUUUGCAUUUAAGCUGCGCUUUUAUUUUGGCCCGAAGGAGCAUAAACACGGCCUUCACCAACUGCCACUUGCUGCUAUCCUUCCCUAUAGAUGAUUGGUAUGAAAGUAUGGGCUGAUGGUGCAUGCUGGGAAUUAAAGAGUGCAUGACUUUGGCCAUGAUGGGUUUUACUCUAUUCUCACAUCUGAAGGACUUCUGUCUGUCUGUCCCUUUAGACACUGUUGGGUGCUUGACUUGCUAAACUGCCACCUUGCUUUGCAGCCCAGCCUGGCAGUAAGACAUGUACAUAUCUGAGAUUUUCUCAUUUUUAAAAGAAAAUCACCAUUGGAUGGAUGUGAAUCAUGACGUCACAAGUUGACUUGGUCAGCUUUGGUUUGGGUACAACUACAGACAACGCCCCCUGCUGGUUGUGAUAAUAUGGUACAACUGUGUAGCUCAUUGUAUUUUUACUCUGCUUGUGAUUUCACAUUUUGUACUUCAGUUUCAAAUAAAAAAGAAACAGUGAAAUAAAAAUGGAACCAAAA